AUGCCCUUGCCCAGUUUGUCCUCUGCCAGGCCAGCAGAGAACAGCCCAGAGGUCCAAGAGGGCAGUCUGGAUGCUGCCAAAGCAGAGGGAGCAGAGGAGGCCUUGUGGCCUGCACGCCAGAACUUGCCCUCUGCAAUCACCACAACACCUCUAGCUGGCAAGUAUGACCACUCCACCAGUGGGAAAGUGGGGACUCAGAAAUGCCUGGCAUCCCAGCCUCCUAAGAGUGGAAAGGAGAAGGCAGCGGUGGAAUCUGACCAGGAGCGCCUCGUUUCUCUCUCGGAGCUGACUCCGUACAUCUCCUGUUCUGUUUGCAAAGGUUAUUUAAUAGAUGCAACAACCGUUACAGAAUGUCUUCAUACCUUCUGUAAAAGCUGCAUCAUAAAACAUUUUGAACAUAGCUAUAGGUGUCCAAAAUGCAACAUUGUAGUGCACGAGGCCAAACCUCAUAAUCACCUGAGGUCGGAUCCACAAUUACAAAACAUAGUCUACAAAUUAGUGGCAGGUCUAGAGGAAAAAGAAAAAAAGCAAAGGCAAGAAUUCUAUAAAGAAAAUUGUCCAGAAACACCAAAACCUGAUGCUGUUCCACAGCCAGGUCCUUCAAGCAAAAGAAACAACUAAGGAGUUAUGGACUAGUGCCUUAGUUCACAUGAACCUGAUACAGCUUUCGUACUGGGUUCUCUGGGCACUAAUGCAGACACUGAGCAUUUUAAACCACUGAAAAUGAAGUUUGUGCAGAUCUCAAGAAAUGCAACCAUUGGACAUAUAGAAAAAUUUCUCAAAAGAAAAAUGGGCCUUGCUGAAGCUUAUCGGGUAGAUAUCACGUGCGGUGGUCAGUUGCUGAAGGACUUUCAAACUCUACAAGAAGUCCAGUGUAGAGUAGGGGAUGCUGGGAUGCAGGGUGAUUUGCUAAUGCUUUGUUACAGUAUUGUGCUUUCCCCUCUGAAGGUGACUUGCUAG